UUCUCUUUUGUCUUGUUAUACCUUGAUUGGAUUCUGAAAACAGACCUUCCGCUUUACCUUGACAAAUUCCAUGAACUCCUUAUAAUAUUUCAUAUUCGUUGGAAACUGCAAAAUAGAUUUCAUGCAAUUUCAAAGAUUGGCCCCUGCCCUCAAAAUGAGCAAGAAGGGAAGCAAAGAAAGCAAACUAAGCAGGUAUCUAAAGGCACCCAUUAGGUUUCUGAUAAAGGCCGGGGAAUUCUAUGUAAAAAGCUUGACGCAAUACUCGGAAAGGGUAGGCUAUGGAACCGUCAUGGGGUGCUCGACUGGCCAGCUUAAUACUUUUCCAAGGAGCUACAGUGUCAGUACAACGAGAUCGGGCAAUGGCGAUGAUGACUUGAGGGAACUUAUCAGGGCCGCUUCCACGAGGAGUUUAGACAAUAACAACAGGGUUCAGUUGGACCUUGUUCGACGACAACAGGCCAGGCAGUCUCUGAAGAUGCCUAGAAGUCAUAGUGUUGGCAUUGGGAGGAUUGAUGAAGACAGGCCAUGUGACUUUGAUGAAGAUAUCAAGGUCAACAUUGAUUAUGUGCCAAGGAGGAAGAGCCAUGCUGUGGUAGUUUUUUCUUAGUGAAAUGGGGGGUGAUUUAUUUAAUUUUGUCAAUCUUUAAUAGUACCAUCUGGUUUCGGCUUGUUGAAUGAGGUUUGCAGUGAAAAAUAUCGCAGUGCCCAGGGGAGAAAUCCAAUGUGUCUCUUAACAUGAUUUUAAUGAAUUGUAUCUGUUUCAAACCUUGUUAUGUUCUCUUUUAGGGUAAAUCAGAAGAUUGAAAUUCUAAAUUGUAUUUUUGUAAACUGGAAUUAAAGCUUGCCUGCAAUUAAUUUGGAGUUGGAGUCUUGGAGAAGGUGUUAAACACAAGCCUAUAAACUGUAUAGAUUACACAAAUGUUAGU